AUGAUGAGAGGUGACGAGUACCGGUACCAGUACCAGCAGCAGCAGCAAGGCGGCCCCGGGUUCGUCAUCGGCGGCGCGCUGCACGGCGUGAUCAUGGCGGUGGCGGUGGGUCUAGUGGUGGGUGUCCCACUGUUCCUGGGCGACGGCGGGGAGGCGAUCACGUCCGCGAUUGCGGACCUGCUGGGCCCCACGGGCCUGCUGCUGCUCCCCGUCGCACUCAUCCUCGUCAUCCGCGUCCUCUCCUCCGACCGCGGCACCGCCGGCGCGCUCGCCAACGCCCUCGCCCUCGGCGGGUCCCCGGACUCCGUGCACCGCGUCGGCGGAUCCCCCGUCGGGGUCGCGCUCGCGCUCGCACUCAUCGCCGUCCUCCUCUACUACCGCUCCGCGCUCCUCGGCGGCGGCGACGGCGGCGACGAUGAGUAG